AAACGGAAAAUGACCUGUGUGCCUUUAAAGGGAAGAGAAAUAUCUGUAGCAAUAAGUUGAAACGACGCAGAUUUAAAUUCGGGAAAUUCGGUCAUGUUUGACACAACCAUAUCUUUUUGACGUAACAGAAAACUUGCCACCAUGGACUACGACACAGUUGUUCUCGACAUUGAAGGCACCAUUACUCCCAUUACAUUUGUCAAAGAUACACUGGUAUUUUUUUUUCUCUCGCGUUCUUCACUUACCGGCAAAAGAUUAGACGCGUUCCUCGAUCGUAACUGGGGAUCCACUGAUCUCGAAUCAUAUGUUGAACUGUUGAGAGAGCAGGCUCAAAAAGAUGUUGGUGGUGGUGAAGCCGAAGCUGUUGUCAUUCCUAAAGAAGGAAAGCCGGAAGAGAUCAAAGCAGCUAUCAAGAAAAAUAUUGAAUGGCAAAUGGCAGCUGAUCGCAAGAAUGGCGCCCUCAAGGCAUUCCAGGGAUUCAUGUGGAAGGAUGGAUACAGUACGGGUGAACUCUGUGGCGAGAUCUAUGCGGAUGUUGUCCCUCUUUUAGAUCAGUGGCGAGCAGCUGGCAAGCCUAUUUACAUCUAUUCAUCCGGCAGCGUACCUGCACAAAAACUCAUUGUUGGGUAUUCUGACAAAGGCGAUCUAUCCAAGUACUUUUCAGGAUACUUCGAUACUGCUAUUGGAUUGAAGGUGGAAGCUGCUUCGUACGAAAAGAUUGCACAAGAAAUUGGCAAGGAUCCAUCACGCAUUCUGUUUGUGAGCGAUAAUAUCAAAGAAAUCCAGGCAGCAAAACAAGCAAAGUAUCAGGCGGUGAUCUCGGAGCGACCGGGGAAUGCGCCUCUUGGUCCCGAAAGCAAAGACUUCAAGAUUGUUACCUCAUUUGAACAACUAUCUCAGUAAAAGUGCGCUAUGCCAAAAGUUAUCUGUUUUACAGUCAAUCGUUGUUG